CACCGCAGAAGUAGAUCGGGGAUGAGGUCUGACCCGCAGCCUGUUGUUGAUGUUCGCUGGGGGGAUUUUAUUAAAGAGAAAAGUAAAACAAAGUGUGCGCACAGCGGAGAUUCAACAUUCACUCCUGCUGUUAACGAGCGAGGAAACUGUGGACAGAUGAGAGAAAGUGAAUUAGAAGCGUUUGGAGUCGCUUUUGUUGGACACUCUGCCCUCUGGCACCGCUGCUGCUGCUAACAGCGGCUCUUUGUGCUGCAGGCUGCCGCUUUUUCCUUCAGGGAGAAAGGUAGGACCUCUGGAAAAACCUUCCUGCAGGCUCCAAGAUAGAUUCCCUCAGGAGUAAAGUGGAUCUGCUGCGCCUCCCUCUGGCCCUCUCUACCAAGUCCAUCAGCAACUGCAAGAGCCAGUUGGGAGUGGUCUGGGACAAGGGCGGUUUGGGGACAGGAGUGGCCCGGAAACUCCGCCCACCGCCGAUCACUGACAUGGACAACGAGUCAACGUACUCGGGAUACUCUUACAAGUCAUCCCACUCGAGGAGUUCCCGCAAACACAGGGAGAGAAGGGACAGGCAUCGCUCUAAGAAUCGCGAUGGCAGCAUCCGUGGAGAGAAAUCUGUGGUCAUCCAGGCUCCGGGGGAGUCGCUGCUGGACGCAGAUUCCCCCAGAGAGGACGACAGGGAUGACAACUGGGGUGAAACGACCACGGUGGUCACCGGCACCUCCGUGGACAGCAUCUCAAACGAGGACCUGACGCAGCUAUCUAAGGACUCAGACGACUCUUCAGCGCUGGAGUGCCGGCGUUACAUCAGCCCAGCGCUGGGAGCCAUUCUGGGCUUCGUCUCUCUGAUCACUCCACUGGCCUUCUUGGCCCUCCCACAGUUCUUGUGGCGGGACUCACUGGACCCUUGUGGCACGCCGUGCGAAGGCCUUUACAUUUCACUCGCCUUCAAGCUCCUGAUCCUCCUCAUCUCCACGUGGGCGCUGUUUCUCCGCCCGCCCAGAGCCGCUCUGCCACGCUUCUUUGUGUUUCGCUGUCUGCUGCUUGCGCUGGUCUUUCUCUUCGUGGCGUCCUAUUGGCUCUUCUAUGGGGUGCGGGUGCUGGAGCCCAGAGAGACAGACUACAGGGGGAUUGUGGGCUAUGCGGCAUCUCUGGUGGACGCGUUGUUGUUCAUUCAGUACCUAGCCCUCGUGCUGCUGGAGGUCAGACACCUGCAGCCGGCUUUCUCUCUGAAGGUUGUGAGGAGCACAGAUGGAGUCAGCCGCUUCUACAAUGUGGGACAUCUCAGCAUUCAGAGGGCCGCAGCGUGGGUUCUCGAUCAGUACUACAGCGACUUUCCGGUUUAUAACCCUGCGUUGCUUAACCUCCCCAAGUCCAUCCUCACCAAGAAAAUGUCUGCUUUCAAAGUCUACAACCUGGGGGAAGACAACAGCACCAAUAACUCCACAGGCCAGUCCAGAGCCAUGAUUGCAGCGGCCGCUCGGAGAAGAGACAACUCUCACAACGAGUACUACUAUGAAGAGGCCGAGGUGGAGCGAAAGGUCCGCAAACGCAAAGCCAGGCUGGUGGUGGCAGUAGAAGAAGCUUUUACCCACAUCAAACGUCAUCAGCAGGAAGAUGCAGUCACUUCGUCUCCCAAACACCCGCGGGAGGUGAUGGACCCCAGGGAGGCAGCUCAAGCCAUAUUUGCCCCCAUGGCGCGGGCCAUGCAGAAGUACCUUCGUGCAACCAGGCAGCAGACUUACCACAGCAUGGAGAGCAUCAUCAGCCACCUGCAGUUCUGCAUUACCCACAACAUGACACCAAAGGCUUUCCUAGAGCGUUACCUCGUCCCGGGCCCCACCCUGCAGUACCUGGACGGCAACAGGGGGCGCCAGUGGACACUAGUGAGCGAGGAGCCAGUGACCGCCUCUUUACGUCAAGGCCACGUCUUCAGCCUGAGGCGCCUCGACCUUUCUCUGAUUGUGACAGUAACGCCGCUUCCUUUCUUGCACAUAGCCGAAGAGUUUAUUGACCCUAAAAGCCACAAGUUUGUCAUGAAGCUUCAGUCAGAGACGUCUGUGUAGGAGGGGAGAGGCACCGGGCAAGGCAGAGGAGGGGCAGGAUGUCGCAUCAUAUGUACUAAUAACUGAGGUCUAUUUUUAAUGUAUCUUUUGUUUGUUCUUUAUUUACUUUGUGGUAUUAAAAACCUGAUUGUUAUGACUGUUUAUUAGCACAGAAAGGUCUUUACUGACAUAAAUAUAGAACUUGUAGGAAAAACACCAAGGCCACAAAAAUAGCAUGUUACUGACGAUCUUCCAUUUACUUGCUUGAAAAACUGCUGACUGUUAACUUUGCUCUGUGGUUCUAGUUCCCAUUGUUGCAUUUUGUUUGCUCUUUAAAUUAGAUUCUUAAUAAAUAUGAUAUUCCUGCACUGUUUACCUAAGAUCCACCCAUGACAGAUCUAUGGGAAAUAUUCAAGCAUUUUUAUUGUUCACAAUGACUUUUUCAUAUGCAAUCAGACCUGAAAGGCUUCACUUUAUUUUUCUCAGACUAUAUCUCAGUUCUCUUUUCUAUCUUUAGCAUCUUCUUUUUUUUACUUUUUUAGUUCCUGCAAGACUGACCUUAAAAGGCAAAGAAUGAACAGAAAACUUUACUAAAAGUUUGCCUGACAUUUAUAGACAGCUUUCAUAGCCUAAAUGCGGAGACAUGAAACCAUCUUUGAACUAUUUCUUCUUAUAUUUUUUAUUCCACAUGAAGAAGGUAAAAUGCUAACUUUGUAGUAAAUAAGAAAUUUUAAGUGAGUCUGGAAGGACAAUUUCACUGUUUCUGAAACAUGUUUUGUAUUGUUUAUGUGAUUUGGUCACUCACUGUGAGCACCACUCUUAACCUAAAAACGUAUUUCAAAUUAAGAUCCUAAAAGAGUUUCAGUGCAUAGGUGCCCUUCAUUACUGCAGGGUUUUUUUUAUUAUGAAACCUGUCCAAGCAUUUACACAUACUAUAUGUACAAACGGCUGGACAAGAUUAAAGGAUGACAAUAAAACACAGUGUUAAAAGGAAGAUGAUUGUAUUGUUACACUUAAACUGAAGCAGUAGAAAUGCACCUAUGCUUAGUUGGCGCAGACAUUACACCAUGGGCACCUGGAGCUUAUCUAGCCCUGCUAUGUCUGUGUAUGGGGGUCAACUUUCAUCGAUUAUGAGUAGAUGAAUCUAUAACACUAGCUAGAGCUGGUUGUCUGGAGUAAUAACAAAGGUAUUGAUUUUAAUGAUGGAUAUAUUUAUGUGUCUUUUGUCAUUCAAAGAUGUCUUUUUUUUACAUUACAGAUAGUCACAUCACUGACGACCAGUUUAUAUGUACAUUUGGAGUGUUUUCCUUUUUUAAAAUGUAAUUGUAUUUUUUAUUGGGUGUAUUUUGCUCUCACUUUGUUGUACUGAAACUAAUGUCUUAAUGUCCUGAAAUUACCACUUGUCUCUGCAGGUCACUGUCUCUUAAGAAAAGACUCUUGGAAAAAAAAAGUAUUAAAUGAUGUCAGUCAAACCUCA